AUGACUGUCAAGGAGGAAACGUUUAUUCCGCUGUAUCGGAGCUCGUCCUCUAGACGACCACGAGGCCGCACGAUAAGACAAUGGCAACUGCCAAUCUGUGCGGGCAUCUGUGCCGCGGCAAUUCUGCUGGUCGGAGCCAAUCCAAGAGAACUGCUAUUGCCAACCAGUGCAACCACACAUCAUGAAUUCUACACUGGACUGCAACAAUGCUACGACGCUGAACGUCAACUGCAUGUGCCAGAUGCUGGGGACAGCUCAAGACAGAAUAAUCCCCGAUGGAACCCGAUCUCCGGACAGGCCACUCCGGUUGUUCUACAAAACGCAACCCUCUUUGAUGGCGAAUCGACGCUCCCAGACGCCGUAGACAUCGUCUUCGAGGCUGGUGUUAUCACCUCAAUUGUUUCCUCUGGCUCAGGUGAUGCUCCGCCCGCGAACGCAAACAUUAUCGAUGUUCAUGGCAAACAUGUCACUCCGGGCCUAGUGGAUAUGCACUCUCACCACCUGGUAAUGCCAUUUCCGCAAGUGGUAGCAACGAGCGACGUGAACGAGAAGUCGCUCGGACCAAUUACUCAUUUCGUGCGCGCAAUCGACGGCUUCACGCCGUCCGAUCCAACCAUCAAGAUCAUCGCAUCGGGCGGAGUCACCUCCUCGCUAGUUCUACCCGGCUCAGCAAACAUCGUCGGCGGCGAGGCCUACCCUGUCAAGAACCUGCCCUUUUCAGGUGAAUACGGCGAACCCGUAAUCGAGGAAUUGCUCCUGGAGCACGGUAUCCCAGAGCAAGACCGCCAGCGGUAUCUUAAGAUGGCGUGUGGUGAAAACCCGAAACGCAAUUACCAGCACACCCGGAUGGGACUUGCUUGGCUCUUGAGGGAGAAGCUUGCAGAGGCGCGGGAACUAGAGCAGCAUCAGGCUGCUUGGUGUCGCGGAGCGUUGGAGAUCGAGCACACCAGGUUUGAUCGAGCGCGGCAUAUAUCGCGCUUCCUAGAACAACAAGGACGGCGACCCGAUUCAUUCGAGUUGAGUACGUUCGUGUCCUUGAUAAGGGGAGAGCUGAAUGUGAAUGUCCAUUGUUAUACGCCGGAGGAUUUGGAGCGCAUGCUGGCUGUCCUCCAUGAGUUUGGUAUCCAUCCUCGGGCUUUCCAUCAUGCAUUGGAAGCGUGGCAGGUGCCGGAACUGUUGAAGCAUUUGGAGCCGAAUGUCACGGUUGCCACAUUCGCGGACAAUGCGCUGUACAAGGCCGAGGCCUAUGAAGCAAACCUGCGAGCAGGGAAGAUACUUAAUGACCACGGAGUGCGGAUUGCGUAUAAAUCGGAUCACACCGGGGAAGAGAACUAUGCCAAGUACCUUCUCGACCAAGCCUCUAUCGCUCACUCAUUCGGUUUACCGGCCGAUAAGGCUUUACGAUCAGUCACUUCAGUACCAGCCCACUCAAUGCAGCAGGACCACCGCAUCGGAUACGUGCGUACGGGAUACGACGCCGAUAUCGUCAUAUGGGACAGUCAUCCACUCCAAGUCGGGGCCACAGCUGUCGAGGUUUUCAUUGACGGACGUGCGUUGUUACAGAAGCGAGACAUUACAGAGAUAUCUUCGAAUUCCGGCUUCGAUGAUCUGCAACGUGUACCCGAGAUGCGACCGGUGGCAGAUAUCGACCAGCGGAUCAAUGUCUGUUCGUCGAAGCCACGUCUCGUGUUUAGCGGUAUUCAGAAAGCACUUAUCGACCGCCCAAGUCUUGAUCAAGUGGCCGAACAUUUAGUCCUCGUGGUAGAAGAUAACAAGGUUUCGUGCCUCGGUGCGAAACAGACAUGCAUAAGAGGCGAGGACGAGGGGGUCACCGAAGUAGCCCUAAACAAUGGCUACAUUACACCCGGGCUGAUUGCCUUUGGCAAUGACCUUGGAAUCCAAGCAAUUUCAUCCGAAGAGUCGACAGGCGACGGAUCAAGCGGUACAACUGGCGAUCUUUUAAAUGAAGCAAAGAGCGUCCACUUUGCCAAAUACGGAGCUCAUCUUCAUGGGGUUGCAUUUGACAGAGCGAGAAUUGGAGGAGUUACGAAAGCGAUUACUCCGCCGCAUGGCAGUGGACUUAUCAAGGGUGUCAGUGUAGGGUUGCGAACUGAUCCUAACGCAACGAUAUUAGACGGAGGAAUCUGGAGAGAUGAUGUGGCGCUUCAUUUCUCGGUCGGACAGGGGGCCAAGAACGGAGAUACCCCAACUAUUGCUUCAGAAAUCCAAGCCCUGCGCCAGAUUUUGAAGGAGGGAAGUAAGAGCGACGCAGAGCAGCACAGCGUAUAUGCACAGGCUGCAAAUGGCUCUCUGCCACUGGUGGUUGAGACAUACAACGAGGACGACAUCUCUCAAUUGAUUCUGGUCAAACGAGAGUUUCCUUCCGUCAAUCUUGUUAUAUAUGGCGGCCAUGGCGCUGCUCUAGUCGCCAAACCCCUAGCCGAAGCAGGCAUCCCAGUCAUCCUAACCGGCAACCUGGGAGCACCCGAUAAGUGGGAGAAGAAAAAUGCUCUUCCAGGGCCACCGCUCAGCGACAGUUCAGCAAAGGUUUUGAUUGACGCAGGUGUGCAGCUAGGUCUAGCACUGCAGGGUGAUUCCAGACUCCAUGGGUUGGCCCGGGAGGCGCGCUGGGCCGCCAAGCAAGCUGACUUAAGUGAUAAGGAGGCUGUCGCGCUUGUAUCGUCCAAUAUUGAGCGAAUUCUGCGGCUUGAUCGUGCGAUUAAUGAUAGCCAAGCAUAUAUAGGGGAUUUGGUUUUGUGGGAUGGAAACCCGUUGCACGGAGAAGGGUCGGUUGUGGUUGCUGUGGGUGAGGACGGAGGAGUCACGGAUUGCUGGCCGGAUUCUGGGAAAUAAUUUCCUUGGCGCUGUUGCACUCAUAGAGCGCAGAAAUACCUGCAAAUUG